AGUAGCGACGCCAGCGACGCGGGUUUGCUUCCUUUUUAUGUUCACGUUGAAUUCGCGUGUACGGUACCGCCACAAGUAAAUUGCGAAUCGCAGCCAUGGUGCGUAUGAACGUUCUUAGCGACGCCUUGAAGGCAAUCAACAAUGCUGAAAAACGUGGAAAGCGGCAGGUAUUGCUGCGACCCUGUUCCAAGGUGAUUGUUAAAUUCUUGACUGUCAUGAUGAAGCAUGGGUACAUUGGAGAGUUUGAAAUUGUGGAUGAUCAUCGCAGUGGGAAAGUAGUAGUGAAUCUUACAGGAAGGUUAAACAAAUGCGGCGUCAUUUCACCUAGAUUUGACGUACCUAUCAAUGACAUCGAGAAGUGGACCAACAAUCUCUUACCUUCUCGACAGUUUGGAUAUGUUGUAUUGACAACUAGCGGAGGAAUUAUGGAUCAUGAGGAAGCGAGGAGAAAACAUCUUGGAGGGAAAAUAUUGGGAUUUUUCUUCUAA